AUGAAGGGGCCAUGGAGACAGCAAGAAAAUGGAAGAUGCCAGCGCUUACUUGACACUUCCUUCUAUCGAUACCAUGUGGAAAACAAGGGAGCCACUCUGAGCCGGAGCUCCAGCAGUGUUGGGGGCCUUUCUGUCAGCUCCCGGGAUGUGUUCUCCAUUUCCAUCCUGGUGUGUUCCACGAAGCUCACGCAGAACGUGGGUUUGCUUGGUUUGCUGAAGUGGCGUAUGAGGCCGCAACUACUCCAGGAGAAUCUAGAGAAGCUGAAGAUUGUGGACGGAGAGGAAGUAGUGAAAUUCCUCCAGGACACUCUGGAUGCCCUCUUCAACAUCAUGAUGGAGCAUGCUCAGAAUAACGAGUAUGACAUCCUCGUCUUUGAUGCUUUGAUCUACAUAAUAGGACUCAUUGCAGACCAGAAAUUCCAGCAUUUUAACACCGUGUUGGAGGCUUACAUCCAACAGCAUUUCAGUGCUACCUUGGCCUACAAGAAAUUAAUGACGGUGCUGAAGACUUACUUGGAUACCUCCAGUAGGGGCAAGCAGUGUGAGCCCAUCCUCAGAACUCUCAAGGCUUUGGAAUACGUGUUCAAGUUCAUUGUCCGGUCCAGGAGAUUAUUCUCACAGCUUUACGAAGGCAAAGAGCAGAUGGAGUUUGAAGAAUCCAUGAGACGGCUCUUCGAAUCUAUCAACAACCUGAUGAAAAGUCAGCACAAGACCACCAUUCUUUUGCAGGUGGCAGCUUUGAAAUACAUCCCAUCAGUCCUUCACGAUCCGGAAACAGUCUUUGAUGCCAAGUUGCUCAGCCAGCUCCUGUAUGAGUUCUACACUUGCAUCCCUCCUGUGAAGCUGCAGAAGCAGAAGGUUCAGUCCAUGAACGAGAUCGUGCAGAGCAACCUCUUCAAAAAGCAAGAAUACCGGGACAUUCUGCUUCCUGUCAUCACCAAAGAGCUGAAGGAGCUGCUGGAGCAGAGGGACGAUGGGCAGCACCAGGCCUUGGAGAAAAAGUACUGCGUGGAACUGCUCAACAGCAUCCUAGAGGUCCUCAGCUGUCAGGACGCGGUGAGUCCUAAGGAUGAGGUCGCUGCCCUAGGCUCCGAUCUGGGCUCAGCUGAUUAAACCAUAAAUACUGAU